UUGGCGUUUUUGACGUCACACGUCCGAUGACGUAUCCGUAUCCGUGUAAAGAUGGCGGAAACGGAGGACUCAAACAAGCCUUUGUUUGCUGGUUUGUCAGACAUCUCAAUCUCAGAGGACAUCCCAGUGGAGGGAGAUAUAUCUGUGCCAGUGGGCUCGCAGAACGCUGACAAUGAUUUCUCCACACUGGACGAACCUGUCAAAGACACUAUUCUGAGGGAUCUGAGAGCUGUUGGACAGAAGUUUGUGCAUGUGAUGUACCCAAAGAAAAGCUCUGCCCUACUCCGAGACUGGGAUUUAUGGGGACCUCUCCUGCUCUGUGUCACUCUGGCUUUAAUGCUGCAGGGUGGGUCUGCUGACAGUGAGGAGGAUGGCAGGCCACAGUUUGCAGAAGUCUUUGUCAUCAUCUGGUUCGGUUCUGUAAUCAUCACCCUCAACUCCAAACUCUUGGGAGGAACUAUAUCGUUUUUCCAGAGUCUGUGUGUGUUGGGCUACUGUAUUCUUCCUCUGACUGUGGCUAUGAUAGUUUGCCGCAUUGUUCUUCUGGGCGGCUCAGGCGUUGUCAGUUUUGCUGUCCGUCUUGUAGUCGUCACUGCAUCCUUCAGCUGGUCAACGUUUGCCUCCACAGCAUUUCUUGCAGACAGCCAACCAGCCAAUAGGAAAGCCCUGGUUGUGUAUCCAGUGUUCCUCUUCUACUUCGUGAUUGGCUGGAUGAUCUUGACAUUCUCACCAUCUCAUUAGCAUAAAUAUACCUUAUGCCAAUUCCAAAACGAACUCUUCCCCUUCGCUAAGAAUGUCCCAGAGCUGGUCAGUGAUUGGCCAAUUCUAAAAAGAGGUGGAGCACUUUGAUGGACACUCAUAAAAGGGACAAAGCAAGGACAGCAAGGGGAUUAUCGCCUAGAAAUCACUCCUCCCCAUUCCUCAUUCAGCUGGGUAAGAGGAGAGAAAAGGAGUGGAGGACGUUCAUUCUACAGCGCUACUAAUUUAACAACAGCCCACACGUCUUCAUUAAAUGAAUGUUUCGUUAUGUGAGGAACAAUAGCGUCUCUCUGAGCAGUUCCAGAUGUACUCACACACACCUAACACUGAGCUGUAAUAUGUUCUGUGUGUGUCGGGUGUUCCUUUAUGUGUGGAUGUGCUGAUUCAAGCAUAGUGUGUGAGUGUGUAUGUAUUUGUGGUUAAUUUGAACAGGGCCUCUGUUGUGUCUAGCGGGAGAAUUGUUUAGUUUAUCGUCAGUCCACACGUUCACAUCUUUUCUUUGGUGUUUUUCUGAUUUGCUCUGAAUGAUGUUUGGGCUUCAUUAAAUCAAUGUAUGCGUUGGUGAAAGUUGGUACAUUCCUGAAUGCAAUAAAUAUGGACUUUAUAAGUGC